UGGCGAUGUGACACUAACAUUUGGUAAUCAAAAUUUUCAGUAGCAUUUCAUAUAAAAAUCAUGUCGAAAGGAGUGGGAAUUAACGGUUCAGGGCGCAUUGGUCGCAUCCUAUUUAGGAUUUUGACCGAAAAAGGUCUAAAAAUCUGUGCUCUAAAUGACCCAGCAAUGGACCCCAAAAUUACCUCUUAUUUACUAAAAUACGAUUCUGUCCACGGAACUUGGGACGCCAAAAUCAAAGCCGAAGAAGAUGGUUUGAUGGUAAACGGUAACCAAGUGACAAUUUUCGGAGAAAAGGAGCCGGAAAAAAUACCGUGGAAACAAGCGAAUGUCGAUUACGUGGUGGAAUCUUCCGGAAGAUUUACGACUAUGGAGCAGGCUGGCAAACAUAAAGCGAAAAAAGUUCUGAUCACCGCCCCUUCCAAAGACGCGCCCAUGUUCGUUUGCGGGGUAAACCUGGAUUGCUACGAUCCGAAAUCCAAGGUCGUGUCGAUGGCAUCCUGUACGACGAAUUGUUUGGCGCCACUGCUAAAAAUCGUCCACGAAAAUUUUUGCAUCAAGGAGGCUCUGAUGACGACGGUUCACUCUGCCACGCAGUCGCAGAACGUUCUGGACGGCGUCGCCAAAAAAAAUUGGAGACUCGGCAGAUGCACCCUCAACAACAUCAUCCCAACGUCCACCGGUGCGGCAAAGGCAGUGGGAAAGAUUAUUCCCGACUUGAAUGGCAAAGUUACUGGGAUGGCUUUCCGGGUUCCCUUGCCUAACGUGUCGGUAGUUGACGUCACCAUCAGAUUGGACAAAUCCACCAACUACGACGACAUCAAGUGUGCGGUAAAAAACGCAGCCAACAACGAAAUGAAAGGUAUCAUGGGUUACACAGAGGACGCUGUCGUAUCAAGUGACAUGAUUGGCACGAGCUACUCUGCAAUUUUUGACGCGACCGCCGGCCUUCAACUGUCAAAUACGUUUGUCAAACUCAUAGCCUGGUAUGAUAACGAGUCAGGAUAUUGUCAUAGGAUUGCUGAUUUGCUGAUGCAUAUGAUGGAGAACGAUAAGGUCUGUUAAUACUUUUAAUGUGGUUAAGUGGUCCAUGGAUGUAGCUGACUUGAUUAAUCUUUAUGAAAAAAAAAUCCUUAUAAAAAAUCUUUUUAUUUAUGUAGUUAAGAUAGAAACAAGAAAUGUGUGUCAAUAAACAA